CGCCUCUUGGUCCCCUCCUCCACCCGGCCCUCGCUCCUCCCCGCCUCCGCCUCUCGUUGUUUCUCGGAACCUUUUUUGCUCCUGACCUUUCCUCGCUGGGUCAUCGCCAUGUCUCUGAAAGUACACACGAGCAACAUCACCAACAAGAAUGACCCCAAGUCCCUCAACUCUCGGGUCUUCAUUGGGAACUUAAACACAGCCAUGGUGAAGAAGGCAGAUGUAGAGACGAUCUUCUCCAAGUAUGGCCGUGUAGCCGGCUGCUCCGUGCACAAGGGCUACGCCUUCGUCCAGUAUGCUAGCGAGCGCCAUGCCCGGGCCGCCGUGCUGGGCGAGAACGGGCGGGUGCUGGCAGGGCAGACUCUGGACAUCAACAUGGCUGGAGAACCUAAACCCAAUAGACCAAAAGGACUCAAGAGAGCAGCUUCUGCCUCCUAUGGCCCCAGCCCCAGCCUCAGCCUCAGCCUACUCUUGGCUGCCCGGGAGAAGGGGUUUCCGGCUCCCAGCUCAGGAGUGCAGUCAGGACCACUGUCCGAGGGAAGGCAUGUGAACCCUGGGUUCUUAGUCCCCAGAUCCACCACGGAGCCACUGUGUGGCCUGAGGCUUUUCGAGCCCCGGGGCCGGCUCUCCCCAGUCCCCAGGGUGGUUCCUGUGAAGCGGCCACGGGUCACCAUCCCUCUUGUUCGUCGCAUCAAAGCAACUCUGCCCGUCAGACUUUUCGCCCGCUCCUCCUCCUCCAACAGUUCAACUAAGUUAAAGUUGAAAUGCACCGAGCUGCAGACCAUCAAGACAGAGCUUACCCAGAUCAAGUACAACAUUGAGGCCCUGCUGGGGCGGCUGGACCAGAUCUCGGAGGAGCAGAGUCCUAGCACAGAUGGCAAGAAGAAGAGUGACAGCAAGAAAAGUGAGGCCCCUCAGGAAGACACGGCUUCUGAGGCAGAGACACCCUUGGAAGAGUUGUUGCCUGGGGAUGAAGGUGAUGAGGUGCUGGCCCAGGACGACUUCGAAGACCUGGACAACAGCCGAUACACAGAGCUGGAUGAAUUGACUCUACAGUAAAUGCGGGAUAGGAGGGACUGCAGGCUGACCCGAGGAGGACGGUAUGAGGGCAAACCCUGACUCUGGCCCCCCUGAGCCAGGCACCACCCAUCACUCCCCAACCCCCCAGGUGCCAUCAUCCCCAGCUGGGCAGCGGAGGAGAACUGUGGGUCCGACGGCUUCUACCCACCUGUCACCCAUCAGUGCCAAAUCCAGCCAGCCCCUUCUCCAGAUGGACCUGGUACCCUCAGCAACUCACCUGGGCACCUUCCUGCUGCAGCAGAUAGCAGGAAAUCUCUCCCUAUCCUCCCACCCCCUGAACUCCCCAACUAACUGCCUGCCUUCCUGCCUGGGACUGGCCCGGGAAGAGCACAGAAGUUGUAUUGUAUCCUGGACCAGGACACUGCAGGGCUUUGGGAUUUUCUAGGGGUUUGGGGAGGGCAAUCCAUAAGGAGGGGACUUCACGAUGACCCUGAUAAUAAAGAGUUUGGAUCCUGGAUGCUCAGGCAGAUUGGACGAUGCAUUUGUCUUCAGAGCUAUCUUUCCUACCAUUGGCAUUAAAGCAGAGGGCUGCUUACCAAUCAAAUUAUUCAAAGCUAGGAGAGAGUCGUUAACGUGCUGGACAAUAGAAUUUAGUUCCCUGAAAGAGCUCAGCAGGCUGGAAUUGUGGACCUGCAUAAUAAAAUGAAAUUGAAUAGGGAUAAAUUUAAAGUCCUGAUAUUGGUUUCAAAAGACUAGUUGCCUGAGGUCUCUAAGGUCCCUUUCCAGAUCUAUUCCUAUGAUCCCAAGUACAGGACUGGGGGAAGAUGUGAUUAAUGUGGAAAAACCCAGGUGUCAGACGGGAUCACUAGGCUAUAAGGGUGACAGGGCAGCCCAAAGUGUUAUCGUGACUUUAGGCCCCAGAUGUGUAUGAUAGCAAUGCAACAUCUAGAGAGAGGUCAUGUCCAUGUUGUUCCUGUCCUGGUUAGGUCCCACCCUGCUCAUUGUGCCCAGGACUAGGACCACAUUUUAAAAGAACACUGACAGUGGAUCAUGUCCAAAUCAUAAGGACGGAGAGAGGGCCGCAAACUGCCCCAUGCAGGGCCUCUGAAAGAACUGGGGAGGUUCAGGCUGAAAACUUCGAGGAACAUGGCAGGUGUCUUCAGGUACCAGAGGGAGCUGGGUUUGUUCUACUUGGCCCUAGAGGGCCAAACUAGGACCGACAGUGAGGAGGGGUAGGGGCAGCAUCCUAGGAAGCGGUCUGUGGCUCCAUUGGAGAAACAGCCGAUGGAAUGGUUAGUGGCACAGUAGUGGAAUGGGCUGCCUUGGUAGGGAGUGAGUUCUCUGUCACGAGGUCUGCGAGCAUCAGCCGGACUUGUUAGGGAUGUGUGCUGUAAGAGCUUAUUGAUGCAUCGGGCAGGGGAUUUGACUUUAUUCUUCCAACUUUGGGACUCUAUGAUUCCUCUUUAUUAAAACGCUUAUCUUUUGUUAACCCUC